UAUAUUCACUGUGUCAGACCGAAGUAAACAAGUCGCGUUAAUGAUAAGACGCCGCCGCCCAGAACAGACGCGCGCCCAGCCGCCCGCGAACAUUAAAAUUAAGGCAUAGGAAAAACAAAACACAAAGCUGAUGGAUAAGCUGUGGGCAGGGAACGUGUUUAGUGAGGCACCUUGGUACGACAGUGACUACGUAAUGGAUGAAUAUCAUAGAGAUUGGAAAGCAGGGGCUACUAGAAAAAUUGCUAAUAAUGUUUUGAAGCCUGAAGCACGGAUUGCGCAUGAAGGAAUGGGAUAUGUUUGGAGUGGUGUUUUGGGAGCGAUGUUGGGCGCCGGAGCUGUUCUUAUAAUUGCCGUUUUGCUGUUCAUAUUUCGACGGUCGAAAAAACUUGAGAAGCCCUCGCUGGCGCCUAUGGAAGUUAGUCCAAAUAUAUCGGUAAAAAUGAGUGGUUUGGGCCCACAAAGUGUGUGGGCAGCCCAGAAACGGCUUGAAUCAUGGGCUCGGGCAGCCAGAGAACGGACAUCCAGUGCCAGCAGCGGACAGAGUCAUAACUCAACUGACAGCUACGGUGAUGACAAGUCACAUGGAAGCCCGAGUGAAAUGCUGAUACCAAAGGAGCACUGUCGCAUUCAACCGCUAAGUGAAACGCGAACUGCAACGUCACUUCCGCACGCGAGGCUCGCCCGCACGCCCUCUAUUUCGUCACAGAGCAGUCUGGAUAGCGGCACCUCAAGAGCUACCAGUCACCGAGGUUCUUCACCAGCGAUUCGUACAUUUGCUCCUGAUGGGCGAACCCUUGAGGCUGGUAUAAGCAUGCCAAGGUCGCCGUCGCCUCUCAGAGCGGCGUCUCUUGAUGUCCGAGCCGCCCCCUUGGCCCACGGCUCACUCGCAUCCCUGGCCGAUUCUCCAGCACCACCGAGCCCUAGACAUAUUGUUCCACCCAGAUGUUUGUCACCACUGCUUAUGCCACCCAGAAGAAUAGAUAGAAGCAACUCCUUAGUAGAAAGCAGCAGUGGUGCCGGGCCUCUUAGCCCUGGCGGUGGGGCAACUAUCAGUUCCCUUGGGGCCCUGCAACCAGACCUUUACACGAAAAGAGAGGCCCCAUUGGUAAUUGAAUUGGAGGGGCCUGGACCAUCACUCGGGAGAAUCCAUUUGCGAUUGAAAUACGACUUCGAUCGAUCUGACUUGGAAGUUCAUCUUAUUGAAGCUCAUGAUUUGGCGGGCUAUGAAGCAGGGGGUUUUAACGAUCCCUAUGUGCGUGUGAGUCUCAUACCCGAAGUUGACACUCGGGUGCGCCAGACCCCAGUACACAGGAAUGAGGCCAACCCGUUCUUUGAUCAGCACUUCAAGUUCCCCGUAUCACAUGAUGACCUCAGUGACAAGAUUCUUCUACUUCAAGUUUUUGAUUACGAUAGAUUUUCCCGUAACGAAGUGAUGGGUUCAGCAAAAAUACCUCUGGCAAAAGUAGAAGUGGCAGGUGGAGCUGAAGUCUGGGCUGAACUUUCCCGAGAGAGAAGACCGCCCGAAGAGUUGCAAGAACUAUUGUUAUCCUUGUCUUACUUGCCUUCUGCUGAACGAUUGACCGUCGUGGUAUUGAAGGCUCGUAAUCUUCUGCCUCCGCAGGAAGGAAAAGAUGCUUUGGAUGUUUACGUGAAGGUCUACCUUCUGGUGAAUGGAAAGAGGGUGAAGAAGAAGAAGACGAAUAGAAAAGAGAUAAAUAAUCCUGUAUGGAACGAGGCGCUUUCCUUCAGCCUAUCGUCUGCCAACCUACAUGAAGCCUCAGUUGAAAUAUGUGUGGUAACUGGUGGCAGUAACAACUUAGUUGUAGGCUGGUGCUGCGUGGGCGCAGCUGAGCCAGCCGCUGAAGGCCGCCACUGGGCACAGAUGGCGCAAGAGACGCGCAAAGCAGUCGCUAUGUGGCAUACGCUCAGAUAAAUAACUCGACAGUGUUAAUGUGACCUCAAUUUUGGAAAUUGUCUCGAAAAAACACAUUUUUUGUUUAUAACAUAUAGACAGACAUACAACAAAAUGUUAGGAUCGACCAAAACUUUUGUAUAGUGCGAAUGAUAUAAAGGUUGUUUCCAUGAGAAAUUAUAACGAAAUUUCCUUCAAACUUUAACAGAUUAUGGAAUUAUAGAUUAGUAGUUGGUAACAAGAGUUUAUUUCUUUGGCGAGGUCACACACACGCGAAGACUAUGUAAAGACGUUAUAUCGUCGUAGUAAAGUGUUUGAAGAAUAUUGAAUCUUCCUGUAUCGUAAUUACCAGUGUGUAUCUCCUCUAACCUGUGGGCUAUUUAUAAUUAGCUGGUAAAAAUUAAAAAUUAUCUCGCAAAUAUAAACGAGAAUUUAAAUUAUGCGAUGUUAUUUGAGCUUUUGAGACACCAAAUAAAUCUUAUGAAUUUAUAGAGUUUUAUAUGAAAUGUUUAUGGUAUAAAGCGAAAGUUUAAAAUCAUUUCACAUAUUUCUAUGCCCACAGUCCUGUCCUGUCACGAUGUGUACCUUAUUGUGUCUAGUCAGUGAUCUUUUAUUUUAAGAUUUCUAUUAAUAUAUCGAAUUUGAUUCCAGAAUACGUAUUUUUGUCUAAAUGUGUAUCAAUGUGAUGGAAUAUUUUACGUGGUAUUUUCAUUUACAAUAUCUGAAUAAAAUAUUCGUUUUUAAA